CUCGGUAACGGCGCUUUAAAAAAUGGAAUUACAAAAUGGACCAUCUUUUAUCUAUAAACAAGAGAGGAGAAUUCAAAAACCUUAUAAAAAAGGGGUCUCCCACCACUCCUAGAUCCUCACACGCCACCCUUCAUCCUUAUCCCUGUCAUCCACUGCAACAAGUGGCUGUCACUCUAGCAACCUCCUGGGUGGGUGUUUGUUAUUAUUAACACCUCCAUUAAUGGCUGCUAUAAGGAGCUUAUUGAAGAAAAGUUCAUCAUCAAUCCCAGCAUGUAAUGAGCUGAUGAUGUUUAGAAGAUUGUUCUUUGCAGAAGCUGCUACUGUUGCCUCUUCUUCUUUUGCUCAAAGACUCAGAGAUUUGCCAAAAGAUCUUCCUGGGACGAAAAUCAAGACACGAGUUUCCCAACUCAUUGGGAAAACUCCACUUGUGUAUCUUAACAAAGUGACCGAAGGAUGUAGAGCUUAUAUAGCUGUCAAGCAAGAGAUGUUUCAGCCCACUUCUAGCAUCAAAGACAGACCGGCAUUGGCAAUGGUUGAAGAUGCUGAAAAAAAGAACUUGAUUGCUCCUGGGAAGACGACUUUGAUAGAGCCGACAUCUGGUAAUAUGGGGAUAAGUAUGGCAUUUAUGGCAGCCAUGAAAGGAUACAAGAUGAUACUAACCAUGCCUUCUUACACUAGCUUGGAGAGAAGGGUGACUAUGAGAGCAUUUGGAGCUGAGCUAAUUUUGACUGACCCCACUAAGGGAAUGGGAGGAACAGUUAAGAAGGCAUAUGAACUUUUGGAAUCCACACCAAAUGCUUUCAUGCUUCAACAGUUCUCAAAUCCUGCCAAUACUCAGGUGCAUAAU